AUGGCGGCGCCCGCCCUGCGAGCCGGGCAGCGCCGGGUGGUCGCCUUGAGCGCUCGCUUGGCCCGGUUGGCGGCUUUCGAGGGGCGGCGGCAGCAGAAGCUCCACGACCAGCCGCUGGAACCUCCGACAAAGCCGGCCAACCGUGCGGGGCUCCCGCCGGUGACGGUUUAUUGCGGCUUCGACCCGACGGCCGACUCCCUCCACGUCGGCCACUUGCUCACGGUGGUGGGGCUGCUGCACUUCCAGCGCGCGGGCCACAACGUCAUCGCGCUGGUCGGGGGCGCCACCGCGCGCCUGGGGGACCCCAGCGGCCGCACCAAGGAGCGCGCGCCCCUGCCGGAGGAGCGCGCCCGCGAGAACGGGGAGGGGCUGCGCGAGGGGCUCCGGCGGCUCUUCGGCCACCACCGCGAGCUCUUCUGGGCCGGCGGGGCGCGCCUGGGCGAGUUCACGCUGCUGGACAACGCCAGCUGGCUGGGGCGCGAGCCCGUGGUGGGCUUCCUGGGGGCGGUGGGGGGCCACCUGCGCAUGGGCACCUUGCUGAGCAGGCAGAGCUGCAAGGCGCGCCUCGGCAGCCCUGAGGGCAUGGGCCUGGCCGAGUUCCUCUACCCGGCCCUGCAGGCCUACGACUUCCUCCACCUGCACCGCCACUACGGCUGCCGCGUCCAGCUGGGAGGAGCCGACCAGAUGGGCAACAUCAUGUCUGGCUACGACCUCGUCUCCAAGGUGACAGGCGAAGAUGUGUUUGGAAUAACCGUGCCUCUUAUUACAAGUAUCACAGGAAACAAACUGGGGAAGUCUGCUGGAAAUGCAGUUUGGCUUAACAGAGAUAGGACUUCUCCCUUUGAACUGUAUCAGUUUUUUGUCAGACAACCAGAUUCCAUUGUAAAAAGGUAUCUGCAGCUUUUCACUUUUCUCCCUCUUCCGGAAAUCAAUCACAUUAUGGAAAUGCAUGCUCAAGAACCUGAGAAGUGGGCCCCCCAAAAGCGUCUUGCUGCUGAAAUAACUAAGCUUGUUCAUGGCAAGGAAGGUCUGGAGUCUGCUAAGAGAUGUACAAGGGCUCUUUAUUACAGCAAUAUAGCUGCGCUGGAGUCUAUGUCUGACCAGGAAUUACAGGAACUCUUCGGAGAAGCACCGUAUAUUGAACUGCUGUAUGAACCCGGAACAACAGUACUUGAACUGUGUCGGAAAGCCGGUGCUGUGGCAGAUGGGCCAAAGGGGCAUUGCGACAUAACAAGUGGCGGAGUUAGUAUAAACCACAUGCAGGUAACUAAUCCCGACGCUGUUCUUAUUGCCGGCCGACAUAUUCUCAAUAACGGCUUAUCGCUGCUUAGGGUGGGAAAGAGAAACUACUAUAUCAUAAAAUGGCUUCAGUUGUUACAAGAGGAGACAGGCUAACCCCGUGAAGAAAACUGCAGCUUCAUCACAUCCUGAAAACUUAAACUGACCUUUCUAAAUUUAAGCACAUCACGGGCUCUGGAAC